UGCUAUAUCUGACUGGAGCCUGCCCUUCCUAUGAUCCCGGUUGUGUCAGAACUCCCUAGAGUCCAGCUCUCUCUGUGAUCUUAUGAUUCUAGGAUGCUGUGAUCCUGAGUUCCUGGGUGUGUCAGAGUUCCUGGGAGUCUAGCUGCCUCUGGGACCCUGAGAUUCUGAUGUGAUCAAGCUCGUGGGAGCCUGGGAUCCUGGGAUCCUGGGCUUGUUAGAGCUCAUGGGAAUGGAGCUUCCUCUAGGUAUUGUCCAACUGCCUGCGGAGUUUGUGCCCAAGAUAUGGAUGUAAUGAGGCCCUUAAUAAACGAGCAGAAUUUCGAUGGGUCGUCCGACGAGGAGCAGGAACAGACGCUCCUGCCCAUGCAGAAGCACUACCAGCUGGAUGGGCAGCAUGGAAUUUCAUUUGUGCAGACCCUGAUGCAUCUUCUCAAGGGGAACAUCGGAACUGGCCUUUUAGGGCUCCCCUUGGCAAUAAAGAACGCAGGCAUCGUGCUCGGACCAAUCAGCCUUGUGUUUAUAGGAAUUAUUUCCGUCCACUGUAUGCACAUAUUGGUACGUUGCAGUCACUUUCUAUGUCAGAGGUUUAAGAAGUCGACGCUGGGGUACAGUGACACCGUGAGUUUUGCCAUGGAGGCUAGCCCGUGGAGUUGUCUUCAGCGGCAGGCAGCAUGGGGGCGGAGCAUGGUCGACUUCUUUCUGGUGAUAACACAGCUGGGAUUCUGCAGCGUCUAUUUUGUCUUCUUAGCUGAGAAUGUGAAACAGGUUCAUGAAGGAUUCCUGGAGAGCACAGUGCUUGUUUCGAAUAGCUCGGAUCCGUCUCAUUCCUGUGAGAGAAGAAGUGUGGACCUCAGGAUCUACAUGCUCUGCUUUCUCCCAUUUAUAAUCCUCUUGGUCUUCAUUCGAGAGCUGAAGAAUCUCUUUGUACUUUCAUUCCUUGCCAACAUUUCCAUGGCUGCGAGUCUUGUGAUAAUUUACCAGUAUGUUGUUAGGAACAUGCCAGAUCCCCAUAACCUUCCAAUAGUGGCUGGUUGGAAGAAAUACCCACUGUUUUUUGGCACUGCUGUGUUUGCUUUUGAAGGCAUAGGAGUGGUGCUACCACUGGAGAACCAAAUGAGAGAGUCCAAACGGUUCCCUCAGGCAUUGAACAUUGGCAUGGCCAUCGUCACCGUGCUGUACAUCAGCCUAGCGACUUUAGGCUACAUGUGUUUCCGUGAUGAGAUCAAAGGCAGCAUCACACUGAAUCUUCCCCAGGACCUGUGGUUGUAUCAGUUAGUGAAAAUUCUGUAUUCCUUUGGCAUUUUUGUGACCUAUUCAAUUCAGUUCUAUGUCCCGGCAGAGAUCAUUAUCCCCGGAGUCACUGCUAGACUUCCUGAUAAAUGGAAGCGCAUCUGUGAAUUUGGGAUACGAUCCCUCUUGGUUAGUAUCACCUGUGCUGGGGCGGUUCUCAUUCCUCGCCUAGACAUUGUUAUCUCCUUCGUGGGGGCUGUGAGCAGCAGCACGCUAGCCCUGAUCCUGCCCCCACUUGUGGAAAUCCUUACAUUUUCUAAGGACCACUACAACAUAUGGAUGAUCCUGAAAAACAUUUCCAUAGCAUUCACUGGAGUCGUGGGCUUCUUGUUGGGCACGUAUGUCACUGUUGAAGAAAUUAUUUAUCCGACUACGGCAGUUGUCACUGGCACCUCCCAGAGUCCCUCUCUGAAUGCAAACUCUACAUGCAUAGCAAGUGGUUUGUAAUAGUGGGAGAAGAGCAGUGAACCCUCUCUUGUCACCCCAAUUCUAACAGCAAUCAAGAACGAGUACAGCACAUUGCCAUACACUAAACAGUGCCAAACUCCUGCUUUUUGUUGGCAGAUUAUUGUAAUUUGACUGUGAACUGGACAUCUUUUGCAGCUAUGAUAAACUAUGGCAGAUUAUUGCUUUUAUCUAAUGACAGUGAAAAAUUUUAAAUUAGCCUUGAAAAUUGAAAAAAUUUAAAAUUCAAAAUGUAAACAAUAAGCAUAGCCUAUUAUUCUGUUUCUGUAAGAAACACUUUAAGAGUUGUUUUUCUUACCACUAUUGAGAAGAUAAAGGAUUUCAACCUUGUAUAAAUUAAAUAGGGGCAUAAUUUAAAAACCUCUUUGAAGCAUCCCAUGAUGGCAAAGUACACCUCCCGUGUACGUGUGUACAAACAUGCAUUGAUUGUGUUUUUAUUCCAUGGGUGACGCUGCUGUCAGGCCCUGGAGCUCUAGGAGAUUCCACUGACCUCCAUGUAAGCAUUAGAAAGUUCCUAGAGCCAGAAUCACUUUAUUGAUCAGCUAUACAGAGAGUAGAGUGGUCACCGGAAAGCGCCGAACAAGGUUCUGACUUCGUCUUCAGUGGUAGGUGAAAAGGUCAGUGAGGUAUCUGGAAUAUUGCUCCCUUAGUUAUGUGUUGUUAGGGUUUCUGUUGCUGUGAUAAACACCACAACCAAAAGCAAUUAUGGAGGAGAGGGCUUCAGUUUACAGUUCCACAUCCCAACCCAUCAUCAAGGGAAGUCAGGAGUCAGAAACUCAAGGCAGGAACCUCUGGAAGCAGGAGCUGACGCAGGGGCCACGGAGGAAUGCUGCUCAUUGGCUUGCUUUUUUCUCAUGGCUUGCUCAGCUUCCUUUCUGGUUCUGCCCAUAGUGGGCCUAGCCCUCUCACAUCAAUCAUCAGUAGGGAAAAUGCCCCGACAGACUCGCCUACAGGUUAGUUUUGCAGAGACGUUUUCUCAAAUGAGUCUCUUCCAAAAUGACUCCAGAUUGUAUUGAGUUGAUAUAAAACUAACCAGGUUGGCUACCAUUGUAUGAAAUGGAGUCCCAGAAAUGUUAGGUGACUUGGUCAGGAAGACUCAGCCGUGAGUCAAGAGAACCUGAUAUUUGACUCAAUGCAGAGAUUGAAGAAAAAUUAAUUUUCAUGCCAUAGUCAAUAAUGAUAAAACACAUUUAGCUUAAUUUUAGUGUAAAGCUUAAUUACAUUUUUAUCCUUUGGGAGUAUGUGUCUUAUCUCUGAAUAGUAUAUGUGACACGAUAAAAAGCCAGAAAAGAAAUCCAAAAAACCUGCUUCGUGGCUUCAUAGACAUCAAACAGGGAAGGAAGCCAGCAGUCUUUUAUACAGCAGGAGACAGGCUUUCUUAGGGUGUGCCUUUAGGGCGGAGGCCACAGGAGGUGAGGUCCCUUCAACUGUAGGAGACAGCUGGCUAACUGUAAUGUUCUAGUCACAUGCUUCCUUGUCUCCUCGUUAAGCAGGAAUUAUAGAUACCUGACAAAAUACAGAAUUGUAGAUUUUCCUAGCCACAUAGCAUUCCUUACUGCAGUCUUCCAUUGAUCUGAAUGGGAAGAGUAAAGGAACUGCCGAAUGAAUGCUUAGGAAAACAAGGAGCAAUAGAGAACUAUCUAGUAAAUACCGGGUCCCUGCAGGCAUCGUCCAGAGAGGUGCCGCCUUCUCUCCAUCUUUAAACACACUAGCCAAAGCAAUCAAGCUCACCUGAUAAUGAAGAGAACUGGGGAGUUUGAAGGACUGAGUGGGGUCAUCUCCUGGACGUCUUUGCCCGUUGGCUCUAUAAUGUGUUAGCUGGAAGAUGUUACCAAGCUGUCCAUGGGAUUCUCUAUUUUUUUAUGUAAAUGUUAACUUAUUCAGGUGUGGCUUUGCUUAUGUCAUGACUUUGUCUUCAGGUGUGAGCCUAUAAAUAUAUCAGAAGCUUUAUUUUGCUAUGCAUUCGUAAGAACCAAAACUUUAAGAACAUUUAUGUUAGAUAUUUCUAAUAAUUGUUUAUAUUAUUGUAUGUUAAAUUGUUACUUCAAGUCUUCAGUCUUAGGCAGUGGAUAAGGUUGUGAGGAAAGUAAUUUCAUUGGAAUUUGACUAUGAGAAAUGUUUUAGCUGUUUUAAAAUGUACAGUGGCAUAUGGUGAGUUACAACUCCCUGGCCAGGAAGCAGCACGUGGUUCUUGUCAGCUGUGCUCACACUGCAUGCUCAGUUUUAUUUUUGUGUUUUCACCGCCCCUUGUGGAAUUCAAGUGCAGUGGGUUUUUAACUAGUGGGUCACUGCAAGGCUUUUUCAGUUCUGUACACAGGGUGUGAGCACCUUAUUAGCCAGGGUUUCUUAUGUAGUAAGACUGCUGAAUCAACAGCCCAUAUGGAAGUCCCCAGAUUAUCAACAAAAGAGGAGUCACAAUACAGACAGGAAGAUAGGCUGAGAGAAGAGGAGAUAGUUUUAAUUUGUAGUGUGAUGAAUUUGUAGUGUGAUGCACUGUUUACAUACAAUGUAUAAAAGACACACACUUAUUUGAGGGUGCCUGAAGAUGUACUUACCAUUUGAUCAUUUUUCUCUGGUAUUUGGUUUUACAGAAUUAUAUUUUCUAAAGAUUUUUGGAGAAGAUAUGUUGAUUCUAGCAGCUCUUCCUUUUGUUUGUGGGCCUGGAGGAAGGGGAAGCAGGCACACAUGCUAAACUCAUGUUUGCUGUCUUGAUGGAUCACAUGGUGACUGAAAUGACCCCAGGAGUUACUUCCUGUCAUGGUGGACCUGUCCCUGGAAGCUAGUCAGUUGCACGGGUGCUAUUUUCACUGUGAAGCCUUGAGAAGAAAGCUGCUGUUUACCUCCUGUGGGCUGUCUGUUCCCUGGCACUCCGAGGAGUGCAUUGGUGUCUGAGUCCUCUCAAAACACGGUUCCCACAGGACCUUUAACACAGGCUCUUUUCCUCCACAUGGCCCCAUCUCCCCACAGGUGAAGAAGUAGGAGCUGGGAAGUUUUCAGGUUAGAAGUGCCACUUAAUGCAAACAAAGCUCUGCUCCAAUUCUUUCCUGUUCUGUUCUCUCUGACCUGUCACCAAAGCUGGCUCUGAGUCUUGUUAGAUGAUGUAAAGUGUGUAUAAGCCAUUUAUGGCCGUGUGCUUGUGAAGUUCCUAACAGGGUUUGAUCUUACUUGGUGUAUGUGUAUUUGUGGUCCUAGAGAAUGCCAGCUUAUGUGCACAUCGAUACCCUCUCUAACUAGGUUUUACAUAGUUCACCAUUUCACUUUGGUGCCCACAGAUGCAGCACAUCUGUUACUGGCAGAAUAUGUUAGGCCUUGUGUGCAACUUCUUUUUCUUCAGUCAAGAUGGGAAAGAUCCAGAACAGAGCCAGUGGAGAUAAUAAAUGCCGUUGUUUCUAUAACAUGGAUGGUCCAGCAGAUCUUAACUGCUACAGAGCCUCAAUAAUGUACAAUUAUAAAGUGUUUGAAAAGUGUUUGUUUUUAACAGCUUGGCUCAGUUAUCUUCCCUUAAUUAAGAAAAUGUAAGGGGUUUGUCUAGUGCAGAUAACAGGGUUCUUCCUGUCAUUAAAUGGCUGCAUGUUACUGGCCACACAUGACUUUCUGCAUCUUGUUGGGUCUGACCUAGGAUGUAAAAGAAAUAUGCUUAGGAAAUGACAAGGUCUAGAAUUUAUCGCCUAAUGAGUGAAAUGAAAAAAUCUCACAGUUGUUCUGAUUUCCUGUUAUAAUUGGCUCAUCCUGUGUGCACCCAUGCAUGCCACUUCCUAGGGACUCACAUCUGAAUCCAUUUCAACUACUCUACCCCAGAUAGGACCAGAUGAUGACCACAUAGGAAAACCCAUACUCAUGACAUGAACAGUUCAGUCUAUAGAUUUUUGUUUUUCAAAAAUGAUUUUGUAAGCUUUAUUGAAAGUAAAGUUUCAUUGGACUUGUAUCAUUUCUUAUAUUUAUUUUUCUUUGUAAAAGUUUUAAAAUGUCUGAAAGUACGGUGACUUCUGAAUUGUCAAUAAAGUGUAAUUAUUUUGCUUG